AUGUCCACCGACGCCUCGCCCGGCCCGCGCAAACGCCAACGAUCAGCCUCCCUCGCCGCGUCCUCCUCCUCCUCCUCCAAACGCGCCCUCUCCGCCCAACCAGAAUCCCAAUCAGACAUCGACGUGCCCAUGGCGGACGCCUCCGAGCCACCUGCGGCCGAAAAGCUCGCGCGGAUCGAGGAGCUCAAGCAAAGGCCGCUUAGGGAGGGAGAGACGUGGUUUCUCGUCGCGAAAGAUUGGUAUGGGCGCUGGGAACGCGCGAUGCGGGGCGAGGAGAGUAAAGACGGCCCCGCGCCGCUCGAGUCUGAGAUCGGACCCGUCGAUAAUGCCAGCCUGUUGGACCCCGUCACGGGCGAUCUGAGCAAGAAUGCGGGCGGCGAGGCGGAGUACGUGCCGCUCGAGGCCUGGGAUCUGUUCGCCGACUGGUACGGCGAGCCGCAAACGAACCACGUCAUCGGGCGCGACGUGAUCCUGCGCGGCGAGCGCCAGGAGGCGUCGCUGGAGCUGUACCCGCCGCGGAUCCGGCUGUUCAAAGUGACGGCCGAGCCCUUCCGCACGACGCCCAGCGGCUCCACCGAGUUCCACAUCCCCGUCUCGUCCGUCCAGACCCUGCGCGACAUACUCCCCGCCAUGGCACAGGCCAUCGAUCCCGCGCUCACUGCCGCACAGCGCCAGUACAGAGCGUGGCGCGUCGACGCGUCGAACGUCGGCGGCGCGCACACGUGGCCUUCGGGCCGUGUCAAGUACGAUCUGCGCCGGGGCGGCUUUGCGGGGGGCCCGAAUGUGAAGCUGGUCGAGGCGGAGGAGAUGGGCGAGGGCGUGGAGGACGGCGACGCGUUUGCGGUCGAGUUUAUGGGCGACGCGGGGAAGUGGAUCGUCGACCCUUCCGAUAUCUCGCCGUCGACUACGAAUGCGACGACGGCUGCAACUACAACUACUACGGGUGCCGACGCGUUGACGCCGAUGCCGAUGUUCGGCUCUGGUGCCGGCCCUGGGUUCUUCGACAAGCUCGGCGGGAACACUGCGAACUCGAGUACGACGACGUCGACGAGCCAGUCGAAGGGCAUCGGCAGCUUUUUCAAGUCGUCGAGUUCAACGCCCAAGAAGCCGAUUGUGCCGGGGACGCUCGGGUUGGGGAAUCUCGGCAAUACGUGCUUCAUGAACUCCGCUCUACAAUGCUUAGCCCACACCCAAGAGCUCGCGGCCUACUUCCUCGCCGACGUCCACCAAACCGAGCUCAACACCGAUAACCCCCUCGGCAUGGGCGGCGCCGUCGCCUCAGCUUUUGGGUCAUUGCUCCACCGGAUCUGGGACGCGACCAACACGACCUCCUCGUACUCCCCGCGAGACUUCAAGCAGGUCCUCGGGCGCUUUGCGCCGCAGUUCAGCGGGUACCAGCAGCACGAUACCCAAGAGCUUGUUGCGUUCUUGCUCGAUGGGCUGCACGAGGAUCUGAAUCGCGUGCUCAAGAAGCCGUAUGUGGAGAAACCCGACUGGCAUGGUGGUGGGGAUAGGGAGAUGAUCAAGCUUGCGGAGGAGAGCUGGGAGGGGUAUAUGAAGCGGAACGAUAGUGUUAUCGUGGAUCUGUUCCAGAAUAUGUACAGGAGCACGCUCGUGUGUCCCGAGUGCAACAAGGUGUCGAUCACGUUCGACCCGUUCAUGUACCUCACCCUCCCGCUGCCCGUGCACAAGACCUGGUCGCACACGAUCAACUACGUCCCGCUCGACCCUUCAAAGCCGCACGUCAAGAUCCCCGUCGAAAUCUCGCGCGACGCCUCGUUCCGCGACGUCCGCGCGCUGCUCGGCAAGUGGAUGGGCGCGCCCGCCGAAAACCUCAUGACGAUGGAAGUGUUCUCCCAGAAAUUCUACAAGACGCUGCACGACAACGUGCUCGUGUCCGAGAUGGCGGACAACGACGUCGUGCUGUGCUACGAGCUGCCCUGCUCGGCCCUGCCCAUGUCCCCCGCGCGCACGCACCAGAAGAACAAGGCCCGCGCGGCGCGCUCAAAGUCGCGCGCGAGCUCGAAGGCGGGCACGCGCGCGAGUACGCCUGCGCCUGUUAUCGGCCCGCAAUUGCCUCCUAGCGGGCUGUUGGCGCCUCCGACGACGACGGGGGGUGAGAGGGGGAGGGACGCUGACGUGAAGAGUGAGGGCGAGGAGGACGAGGAGGAGGACGAGCCGUUUAUAUUGUCGGUCCUCAUCACGAAGGCGGCGCAUAACGCGUCGCAGUACGCGCGGCCGCAGAACAUCUGCACGCCGCUUAUCGUGGCGAUCCCCCGCGCACAGGCGACGCGGGUGCGCGAUAUUGAGAGGGUGGUCGUGGAUGCGCUCGCGCGGUGGACGACGAUACCGGACGAGCUUUAUUCGCGCGAGGAGGCGGCGGGCGGCGAUGGGAAGGUGACGGGCGAGGGAGAAGGAGAGGGAGAGGAGGACGAAGACGCGGAUAUGGAGCCUGUUGUUCCCGUGCGCAUCGAUGUCGCGCCGCCGCCGACGGACGCUGUGACGGAGAUCGCCGAGGACGGCGCUGUCACGGUGCGCGUGUCGACGCCCCCACCGCCGCCGCCGCCGGAGGAAGAAGGAGAUAUCGCGGACGCGAAGGCGAUGGUGCUCGACGAGACCGAGGAGCUGCCUUCGUACGACGCGAUCGACUCGACAAAGCCCGCACAAGACAUCUCGCUCUCCGAUCUCAGAACCGAGAAAGCCCCCGCGGAGUCGAAUGAGAAGGCCGACGUGCCCGUGCGGCGGACGGGCGUCAAGCCGCACGUCUUCACGCUCGGCCUCGUGAGCCACGUCGCGGACUUCGGCGCGAACGCGUACGCGUCGCGCGCCGCGGACUCGUCGUGGGCGUCCCGCGAGGCGAGUCCCGGCCCCGGAGGUGUGCUGUUGCGGGAGGACGACCAGCUGGUCGUCGAGCUCGAGGAGAACAUGGUCGAUUUCCUCUUCGGGUCCGAUACGGCCGCGAAGUGGGCGUCGUACGCGCAUCCGGAGUACGUCGCGGCGCAGGCCGCGCGCGCGGGCGGCGGCGGGCGGAAGGUGAUCACGCUGCAGGACUGUCUGGACGAGUUUACGAGGGAGGAGAUGUUGGGGCAGGAUGACUUGUGGUACUGCCCCGGGUGCAAGAAGCACCAGCAGGCGAGCAAGAAGUUCGAUCUGUGGGGCGUGCCGGACGUGCUGGUCGUGCAUCUGAAGCGGUUUAGCUCGAGCAGGACGUUGAGGGAUAAGAUUGACGAGUUGGUGGAGUUUCCGGUUGAGGGGCUGGAUCUGACGGGGAUGGCGAUGGAGAGGGAGGUGAGGAGGCGGUUGGCGCGUGCGGAGGGUGGGGGCGCGGCGGAGGGGGACGGGGAUGGAGAAAGACUGUUGUAUGAUCUGUUUGCGGUCGACGAGCAUCUGGGCGGGCUUGGAGGGGGCCAUUAUCGCGCUUAUGCGUUGAACCAUGGGGAUGGGAACUGGUACCAUUUCGACGACUCGCAUGUUUCGCUCGCGAGGGCGGAAGACGCCGUGAACUCCAACGCGUACCUGCUCUUCUAUCGCCGCAGGACGUCCCGCCCUCUAGGCGGCAAAACGCACGACAAGAUCGCGGCCGCACAAUCGCAAUCGCAAUCGCAGUCCGCUUCUCAGUCCGCGUCGACGUCUUCCCCCUCCGUUACCAUCAGCACCGCCGCGCCGGAAGACGAAGACGACGCGGACGCGGACACAUCCAUCAACACGCAGCUCCCCACGCCUCCCUCGCGCGACACGCCCCCGCACAAGUCGAUGUACCUCCCGCGCGACCGGCAGCGGUCGAGGGAGACCGGCGAGGAGUCGGGCAGCUCGAGUCCGCCGGCGCUGCAGAGCGCGAGUCCGGAGUGGAGCGCGGGCGACUUGCCUAGUCCGAGCUCGGUCGAGGCUGAUAUGGACGGGGAGCAGGACGAGAGGAUUGAUUUUGAGGAGGAUGAGGAGGUCGGGUCUGGUCAGGCUGAUGGGGAGGAGGGUGGG